UCAUUCUUCUUCAGUCAAUAUGCCUGAUUGAGGUUUUUUUUCUAACUGAGGUGAGUUCAUAUCUCUCAUCUCAUAUCUCUAUGUAAACGACUAACUGAAAUUCCCAACAGUGAAUAAUAAAGUGGAGCUGGCUUGACAUUUCCUUUAUUAAACUGUGAGUUGAAGACCCCCCUCAGGGAGCCCUAGUAUAGCAUUACAUCUCCUAGAAACCAAUGUGGCCUCCUUUAUCAUGCAAGAAAGAUAAAACUGAGGAAACACAUAAUCUCUAAAGGAAGCAGGUUACAUUAUAGGAUGGUUUUCAAGAAAAGAAAACUUAUCUGAAUUAACCAUUUUGUCCUAUGAUAUUUCCAUAUCCGUGUACUCUCCUCGAUUAUACUAAUGAACUACUAUGUGAGAAUGGACGUGCCAGCCAGCCACACUGGUGCCUGUGGUAUCCGUUUUGACUUUCUACCGGAGAGGCAAAUUUUGACAGCUUUAACCUUGCUCUUCAGCCUGCUGUUUCUCACUACAAUCACUUCUGAUGUUAUUGCCAAGGAGUCACGUAAUAUAUGUGAAGAAAUACAAAUACUUCAAGGAGUUCAAGAUGCAACAGCGGUCAUAGGAAGAAUAUUCUUUUAUCCCAUAUCACCAUUUGCUUUUCAAGGGAAAAUAAGCCACUAUAAGGUUACUCUGGCUAAUGGUUCAGCUUUGCCAAAAUGGUUGGAAUAUAACCCAAAUGCUAAGACUCUUCAAGGGCUGCCAUUGCUGGAGGAGAGUGGAAAAUAUCAUCUAGCUAUAUUUGCCUAUGGAGAUGCAUGUAGCCAGAAAACACCAGCAGCCAGGGCAAACUUUCAACUUCAUGUUCAAGAAAGCCAUCUUGCCAAUAACACGGCAACAGACCCAAACCAAAAGUGUAACAGUGUUGGUUCUGGAGCACUGUGCGUUAAAGACAUUUCUGUUACUUUUGCUGAAAUUAUAAUCUCUGCGCCAAAUACUCUAGAGAUUCGGGAACGAUUAUAUCUCAUUUGCACCAUGGCAGACUAUCUCCAUUUGGACCCUUCUUCACUUACUCUAACCACAUUCAGUAACCACCUCAGGAAUUUGACCGUGUUGGCUGAAGACAUCAGAUAUAUAAACCCGACAAAACAACACUCCAUGGGAAUCUAUUGGCCAGUUGGAUUUGGAGUCUUUGCUAUGAUGCAUGAAUUAAUACAAGUUCUCCAACAUAAUGUUGAGUCAAACAACCUUUCACAAUUGCUGGGAUUUGAAAUUUCUGGUUGGAGAGUACUUAAGAAAGAAAGCAAUGGAAAAAAGCAUUCAAGACAGAGGCGAAGGAGAUACUUAAUGGCAACUCCUAGACCUGUAUUGAGACCAACCAGUGUUGAGACAUUCACACAUUUGUCACAUACUCUGACCCAGUCUAUUGUAAAACCAAUCAAGAGUUCGUCUCUUUUGUAUGAUAUUAUCCCUACAUAUACAGAUGCAUUUUUACAUUCUGUAAUAAACCAAAAGGAUUUACAAACCACAGACCUGGAAGUAUUGCUGAAUGUUCAGACUCAAGCGCUGGCAUCUCCUAUGUUUCAGGAUGUCUCUUCUGAACUUUUACCUUCUUUGAUGUCAGCCUCCACAGAACUUAAAGUGGUUUCUCAAACACCACCAAUAUCAGAACUGCAGCCUCAAGUGCCACAAGAUAUAUACUCUACAUUUAAGAAAUCUGAGCCAGACCAUGAUUCCACCUUAUAUGAUUCAGUCUUUUUGAUGCCAGUCAGAAAAACCCAGCUUUCCAGCCCUUUCCACCACAUAAUGGACACUUGUCUUUCACCGCAAGUAAUUUCUUCUGGCAAAAGAUUAUCUCUGGAAUGUUUCUCAAGAGAAACAACAGAUCAAGAUUAUAAUGACUUGUGUAAACAAACAGCUUUGCACUUACUAUCUGAAGAUACACUUUUGAAAGUAAAGCUCGCUUUGCCAUCCAUACCCUCAACAGAUCUAACAGCAUCAUCUGGAUUUCCGUGUCUCAGUAUUAUCAUGUCUUUGUUAUUAUCAGAUGGUAGCUAUGAUAAUGAAGGUUUACUUAGCAACUACAAAUAUGCCACAGAGUUAUUUUUGUGUUCUCCAGCAUUCAACCAGAAUACAGGCUUCAGCAUGUUUGGUAUUACAUCAAUGUUUGAGACUACAGCUAGAAGCACCACUUUUGCACUGAAGCUUGAAUUACUGCCUAACACAAGCUCAUCUGUUCAGACGUACUACAGUGGCAAGAUUCAAACCCUGGCAAUUUAUAGUGCUCAGGAGCUCAGGACAUCAUUAUUUGCCAAUUUCAUGGAAUCUGGAUUAUUGACUAGAACAAGUAGUAUCCUGGCAAUGUUUCCUUCUCAGUCAUUAUAUCCACCAAUGGAACUGACAACAUCAUUUGGACUCAGUAAUAUAUUCCUAGCUGAAGAAUUGUGGUCUAAUGGGAGACAACAUAGACCAGCGAUGACUCAGGUCUAUGAACAUGCGCCAGAGUCCUUUAUGAUUUCACAGACACAUACACAUUUAAUAACAAAAUACAAUAUUUCAGCGAUUACUUCAAUUUACAUGGAAACCUUCUUGCAGCAACAACAGUUACAUUUCUUUUCUGUUACAGGAUCCAAUAAUAUUCUUCUAAGCAGCAAAUUCAUAGGCAAAGAAGAGGAAACAAAGCAGAUAUCUGAGAAUUACUCUUAUGAAACGUCAGUGCUCGCCUCACCUAUAGAAUUUGCAAGCAGUCCCAAGUUAGAUGUUUCUGUGAAUGAAUAUGGUUUUUAUGAUGGCAAUGUUGUUACAACUCUUUUCGCACAUCAUGACUUUUUACAAUUGCAUAUGAGUGUUUCAAGCUUGGAAAGUUCAUUUGAAACCAAAAGAAACAUCCAAGUGGCCAGUGAGUCUCUCACAACGCCAGUUCAAGAAUCAACUCUUCUCUCUAAUAAAGAAAUGCCUGCACAGAAUGGAUUCUAUGCUACCACGUUGUGUCAAGGGGCAGAAGAUACAAACAUCUUGACACUUGCUUCAGACAUGUCUCCACAAGGCAUAGGAGCAAUACGGACUCCUUUAUUUCCUACAUCACAGAUCAUGCCCAUAGAUCAGAUAAACAACUCCCCAAGAGUCGUUAAUGCUCUUAAAUGGAUAACUGCAACAAUUGGAUACAAAUUCUUCUUUUCAAUACCGGAGGAUACAUUUUAUGAUCAGGAGGAUGGAAAUACAACCCAGCUAACCCUUGGAAUAAUACCAACAGGUGGCUCACCAACAGGUCUGGAAAGCUGGCUGCAGUUUAAUUCAAGUUACCAAACUAUGUAUGGAUAUCCACUUGAUAUAGACUUUCAGUAUUCGCCCCAAGAAUUUUUACUCUUUGCCACAGAUUCAGGGGGACUCAGGACUUCAAAUACUUUCACAAUAGAAAUGCUCAGGCAAUCCACUACCCCAUGUCAUAUUUAUACUGUAAGAACAAAAAAUAGCUACCACUCAUUUCUAAGAAAUAGAGAAAAUGUUAAUUUGUUUUUUGAGAAACUUUCCAAUUAUUUGACUACUGGAAGGUCUGGCAACAUGGUGAUACUGCACCUCAAACCAGGAUCUACCAGGAUCACAUGGUACAGCGAGUCUUUUUGUACAACAACCAGCAACUGUGCAAGGGAUGAAAUACAGGACGUUCUACUCCAGCUAGGAGUACCUGGUAGAAAGCUUAAUCCAAAUUUUGUUGAAGCAAUGCUGCCAGACUACAAAAUUUAUCAAAUUGAAGAUGUUGAAUAUGGUGGAACCUGCUCAUCUACUAUAAAACAACUAAAUGAAUCCCUAGUGUCCAACAAGACUUUAACUACAUUUCAAGACUACUGUUCCUGGGUAGGAAACCUCUUCUCUAUUUUGCUCAUCGGCAUAUGCACUGCAGUUCUGGUAAUUCUGAUAGUUACCCUUCACUUCUGUAAGUAUCAGAAGGGAACUGUGGGAUCACAAUCAGCAUCUGUUAAUGAAAGGCCUUUAUUUACCUACAUCGAUUUGGAAAUGGAUAUGCUGAGACCCCGGAAGUCACCUGUACUUGACCAAGAGGCCCCACAAUCGGCCCAGCUGUGGUUAUCCCUUCCACCACCUUCCCAUUCGUAUUUCUGUAGAUCAAACACAACCCAUGUUGCCUCAAGUUUACCACCGCCUCCAAGGUAUAAACUUCCCCCACCUUAUGUAAUGAAAGAACCAAGUCAGAUGCAUCAUGAUUUUAGUUAUAGAUUUUAGUUAUCUCAAAGCUAGAUCAUACUGAGAAGAUAAUUCAGGAAGAAUUUAAGAACCCUUAUGUUAGCACAGGUAAAUCAGAUUGUUAGUAAUCAUAAAUUUGGAUAUUCUAGUAAUUAUUCAUGUAGACAUAACACAAAACAGCAGAACUAACCAAGUGUCAAGUAUAACAGAUUUAGAUGUUUAAAAAUCUGACUUCACAGAGCUAUGUAUUUUCUAUAAAUCAUGCACCUACCAUGCAGGAAAAAAGAGGCAAGAAUAAAACGAUGACCCCAUAGUUUGAGAAUAUAGUCAGAGUUUCCUACUAUGCUGCUGUAAAGGGCAGCAGGAAAAAAAGGAACUAAGGCCACAGCCCCUUCUUUGGCCUACAUUACCCUCUGGUGAGGGUGGACGGAGCCAUAGCCACAAACCUUCAGCUUUUCAGAGGUUUCCAUUGAUAGCUGUACAGGUGCACCAAGUACCAUAUGUACUCAUUUCAACAGACACCACAAAGAAGAAAUUGCUAUUAUGUCUCAUAUUCUGAUACAAAUGCCUAUUUAAAGAGUUACUGGAUGUCUCCCAAAAUGUAUUACUUACCUCCAUAUACGCUCAAUGUUUAUUUUAUGGCAUAAUAAAACAAGCUAAGUUAUGAAACACAAUUAAGCUACAAGAAUAAAUACUGUAAAAGCUAUUAAGUAAUUGGUAUGUAUUAUUAACAUACUGUUAAGGAAUUUGUCUCUUUAAACUAAGACAUUUUUCUACCCUGCAGUGGUCUGUUAAAAUGUUUACUGUUUUUAAAAGUCAUCUUAUUAAUGUAUACUUAAGAAUACCCAUGUGAAAGUAAUUCUUCACAACAAUGCAAAAUUAUAAAAUUUAAUUAUUGUAAAACACACACUCCAUUAUGUUACUUACACAGGUGUAUUAUUUUAAAAUGUUCUAUGUUCCUAUGCAGUUUCUGGGUAAUAGUUUCUGCAUUCCUGCAUGGUAGGAGGAUUGGACUGGAUGGUCCUUGUGGACUCUUCCUCCUCUGCAAUUCUAACAUAUUAGCUUGUGUUUCAUUUAAAAUGUGUUUAAUAUUA